UCUAAAUUAGCUACUCCAUGGCAUCUGCAACCACCCGUGCGGAGCUUAAACCUGUCUGGGUUAAGAUAUCGUCAUAACCGUCCCAGUGAUUUAGCUUCUUCACCACAGUAUUUAAUGAGGCCAUUUCACUACAGAAGACACUGCGGUUAGCAUCCAACUCAAAUCGAAGACAAAAUGCGUUUCUCCAUCCCCCGGCUGCUGCCUCUCCUUCUUGCGGGGCGUGUCAACUCUCUGGCCCAUGACUCGGGGGUAUACGGGCCCGCGUUGGAGCUCGUUCAUAGAUACUAUGACCAAUUCCCCACAGGCGUCGCCGUAUCCUCCGCCGGCCGCAUGUUCUCGUGCUACCCGCUCGGGCUGGAUGCCAACAACACCCGAUACCAAGUGGCCGAACUGACUAACCCCACGACUGAAGUCCCAUAUCCUUCUGCAGAAAUCAAUUAUCCCCCAGGAGGGGCCGUCAAUCAUUCAACUAGUCCAGCAACAACAGUUAACUACCCCAACUAUCUGAUCAGUGUCCAAAGUGUUGUCGUCGACUCUAAAGAUCGCCUCUGGAUUCUCGACACUGGCCGUGCAAAGACAGCCAACAAGACUCUCCUCUUGUCCUCCUACGGUGGCCCGAAGCUAGUCGGAGUAGACUUGACUACGAACCAAGUCUUCAGGACGAUCCUAUUCCCGCGGGAUGUUGCUUAUGCAGACUCUUACCCCAACGACGUCCGCUUUGACCUCCGACCGGAUCUCAACGGUACCUCCGGCGAGGGUGUCGCUUACCUUACUGAUUCCAGCCCGGAAGGCCGCAACGGCCUUAUCGUGGUAGAUCUUGGAACGGGAAAAUCCUGGCGCCAACUUGACGGCCUUGCGCUGACGAAAGCAGAAUCAGAUUUCCGGGCAUUCAUUUGGGGCGAUACUGUAGACGUUUCAACGGGAACAGAUGGGAUCUCUCUUUCGGCUGAUGGAGAGACGCUCUACUUCGGUGUUGUGAGUGGUCGCGAUAUUUACUCUAUCCCGACUGCCAUCCUGCGGGAUUCGUCCUCAGCAGGACGGGCGCUUGCCAAGAACAGCGUGAGCAAGCUGACCCAGAAGGGGGUGAGCGACGGGUACGAGGUUGACUCCGAUGGAAGGAUCUAUAUGGGGAGCUUCGAGUCGAAUGCGAUCAACGUGUUCUACCCUGGCAAUGUAAGCGUGGAGACCUUUGUGCGGGAUCCAAGGAUGGGCUGGACGGAUACAAUGAGCGUGGUUACCUUGAAGGAGAAUGCGACCGGGGUUGAGAAGGGCUAUUUGUAUUUCACGGAGAAUCAGCUCUGGAGACAAGAUCAGGAGAGGCCGUUUGCUCUCUUCCGAGUUGAGUUGCCGGACGGGGCUGGGAAGGCGAUUUUAGCUUAGACGCAUCUUGUCAUGAGCGUAUCCUAGUUUUGAAGCUGAGGAACCCAUCGAUUUAUAGGGACACUGUGAAUUACCAUGGGCGGGCCCUCAUGAUGGAUUCCGGAUUGAUCAGCAAUGGUGGAGUUAAGGCUUUUAAGGGCGGCCUCCAAAACCCUAAAUCCGACUCGGCUUCUAGAUCCGCAACACGAGCAC